AUGGCGUUGGCCGGGGCUUCGCAGCGGCAGGGUGGCGUUGGCCGGGGCUUCGCAGCGGCAGGGAGGCGGUGGCAACGGGUGCCGCAGAGCUCCGGGGUGGUGGCGCCGGGGCGCUGGGCAGGUGGUGGCGGCGGGGAGCCGCGGCGGUGGGCCGUUCGGGCGGCGGGGUGCCGCGGCGGUGGGCCGUUCGGGCGGUGGCGGGUGGUCGGGGUGACGGGGCGACGGGGCGAGGGGCGACGGGGCAAGGGGGCGGCGGCAGGUGGUGGGUGGUGGGGCAAGGGGCGGCGGGUGGUCGGGGCGACGAGGCGAGGGGCGGUGGGUGGGCGGGUGGGUGGGCGGGUGGCGGGGGGUGGUGGGGGCGGCGGCGGGUAG